AGGAGAUCGAAGUGGUGAUGUUUAAUUAGUUAAAGGUAAAAGAAAACCUAUUUCUAACUUUUGAUGAAACAAUAAAAACAAAAAAAUCUUUCUAACCUAACCGAGACAUGCAUAGAUAGAUUAUUGGAUUUCGCAAAAAAAAAAAAAUCACCCUUUAUUUAUAGCUUAUGUUUGUUAUUCCUCAUUUCUCACUUACCAUUCAAACCCAACACUAUGGCCACUCUCUUACUCACAAUCCUCCUCCCCACUUUCCUCUUCCUCCUCGUCCUCCUCCUUUCUCUCCGCCGCAACCACAACCGCAGUAGCCGUCUCCCACCAGGCCCAAAACCAUGGCCCAUCCUCGGAAACCUCCCUCACAUGGGUCCUAAACCCCAUCGAACCCUAGCCGCCAUGGUAACCACCUACGGUCCAAUCCUCCACCUCCGAUUAGGGUUCUCCAACGUCGUGGUUGCUGCGUCUAAAUCCGUGGCCGAACAGUUCUUCAAAAUCCAUGAUGCCAAUUUCGCUAGCCGACCACCAAAUUCAGGAGCCAAACACAUGGCAUAUAACUAUCAAGAUCUUGUCUUUGCGCCUUACGGACAACGAUGGAGAAUGUUGAGGAAGAUUAGUUCUGUUCAUUUAUUUUCAGCUAAAGCUCUUGAAGAUUACAAGCAUGUUCGGCAGGAAGAGGUAGGAACGCUCACGCGCGAGCUAGUGGAUGCAGGCACGAAACCCGUAAACUUAGGCCAGUUGGUGAACAUGUGUGUGGUCAACGCGCUUGGAAGAGAGAUGAUCGGACGGCGUCUGUUCGGCGCCGGAGCUGAUCACAAAGCGGAGGAGUUUCGAUCGAUGGUGACGGAAAUGAUGGCUCUCGCCGGAGUAUUCAACCUCGGAGAUUUCGUGCCGGCUCUGGAUUGGUUAGAUUUACAAGGCGUUGCUGGUAAAAUGAAACGGCUACACAAAAGAUUCGACACUUUUCUAUCGUCGAUUUUGAAGGAGCACGAGAUGAUGCACGGUCAAGAUCAAAAGCAUAAAGAUAUGCUCAGCACUUUAAUCUCGCUCAAGGGAACUGAUUUUGACGGUGACGGCGGAAGCCUAACGGAUACUGAGAUCAAAGCCUUGCUCUUGAACAUGUUUACGGCUGGAACUGACACGUCAGCAAGUACGGUGGACUGGGCCAUAGCUGAACUGAUACGACACCCGGAUGCAAUGACCAGAGCCCAAGAAGAACUUGAUUCAGUUGUAGGCCGCGAUAGGCCCAUUAACGAGUCAGACCUUUCUCGGCUUCCUUAUCUUCAGGCGGUUAUCAAAGAGAAUUUCAGGCUUCAUCCGCCGACACCACUCUCGUUACCACACAUCGCAUCAGAGAGCUGUGAGAUCAACGGCUACCAUAUCCCGAAAGGAUCGACUCUUUUAACAAACAUAUGGGCCAUAGCCCGUGACCCGGAACAAUGGUCCGACCCGUUAUCGUUUCGACCCGAGAGAUUUUUACAGGGUGGAGAAAAAUCCGGCGUCGAUGUGAAAGGAAGCGAUUUCGAGCUUAUACCGUUCGGAGCCGGGAGGAGAAUCUGCGCUGGGCUCAGUUUAGGGCUACGGAUGAUUCAGUUACUGACGGCGACGCUGGUUCACGGAUUUGAUUGGGAAUUGGCCGGAGGAAUUCCGCCGGAGAAGCUGAAUAUGGAGGAGACUUAUGGGAUUACUCUGCAAAGAGCAGUUCCUUUGGUGGUGCAUCCUAAGCCAAGGUUGGCUCCCAGUGUUUACGAACUCGGGUCGCGCUAAACCUAAGUUUGCUUGCCAGCAAAGGUAGGUCUUGCACGGAGGUUAAAAAGCUUGUUUCUGGAAUUUCCUCAAAUAAAGUUUAAAAUAGCGUAAUGUGGUCCGGAGUAUAAGGCUAUGUUAUCUGCGUCGUCGAUCCGAUGCCGAGGAAGAAGACGAUGGCUCUCGAAAGCAAACCUGAUCCGCGGACCCGACCCGUUUUAUACGACUAAGAUUUUCAUUCAUAAUAGUAUAUGAUAAUUUUAAAUUUUAAAUUUUUAUCGUGUAAUUUUUACAGUACUGAAUUUUGUAUUAAAGCAUCUUCCUUACUGUACCAGAUGCAUUUACAACUCUAGAUUUUUUUCUGCCAGCAAAAUCAGAUUUUUCCAUCUUUUUUAUAUAUAUUAAAGUGGAACACCACUACAACCUGC